AUGUCAGGCAACUUAUCUCUUCCACAUAAAAUAACUAUAUCAAAAGAUGAGUUACCUGAUUCAUGCAUUUUCAUUACCAACUUCGAUUCGGAGAAUAUUGAUAAGAAUCAAGUUAUUCAGAGUAAAAUAAUAAGCAGUUCAAAAACUAGUUUUGAUUUGGAGAUUUCAAUGUAUGGCGCAAAGAGUAAACAAAGAAAUGAAUUGAAUAAUGUUACAAUAAGAUGGUGCAUUAUUGACAUUAAUCAAAUGUGUGAUCUUAAAACCGAUAUCGGAAAUGAGACUUUUAGUUUGAAAUUUCUUGAAAAUGUUGAUAAAUUUGAAAAUAUUGCAUAUGCAAAUGAAGCUGAAAAGGAACAUGAAGCAUUAUCUGAUGAUAAAAUUGUGAUACUUAAUAUUGUGA